UAAAAGAAGGCUUCUAGUGCUCAUAUUCUUCGGUGAAAGCAAAGGCGUGGCUCAACGGCCGGGUCGACGCGUACCCUCGGAAGGGUAUCUUCGACUCAUGCACUUCAGGCUAUCGGUCAUACUUAACAUGAAGGGCCCUUCAGCGAACCCAUCCCGCCACACCACCGGUCAGCUCUCUGAGUACAUCCUCGGCAUACCCUGUCCUCGACGACUGUCCGCUGCCGCUGCUGGCAAUGAACUUCGAUGUGACCACCAAGCAUUUCCGUAGCGGGCAAGCUCGCGCACCGGAGGACGAAAUCCGAGCGAUACUGAGCUCAAGGUAUCGUGCCCUCUUCGGUGCCGCUGGCGUCGUGGCGUAUACUGGGUACACUCUCGCUACGCGGGGGAGGGCUGGGGUCAGUCUCGGGGGAUUGGUUAGGACGACCGCUGUCUUCUCCAUCGUGCCACCUUGGAUAUCAAGCAACUUUGAAGCUAGCUGGCGAUGCUCUGGCCUCGAUCUUCAGGAGAGGCAGAGCUUGCUUUCCCGCCUUCAAAAGGACCCAACAAUGACGCUUCCGGGGCCGUAUACCAACUGCGGAAUGCUCGCCGGAUUUCUGGCUUGCCUUGUGCUCUUCAAGAAGCGGCCCGUCCCAUUGCUCAUCGACGGGCUCGUUGAUCCGGAGAAGUUUGCGCGCUCCUACUCGCAGCUGCGACGUGCUAUAUUGAAAGGAACGAAUUGGGUGUUCGUGCCCAUCGCCUUCGGCGGCCUCGGUGCUAUGGUCUACUACGCGAAGCGGGGUGUCGAGGUGCUGUCGCGCUCGGAACCAGCACCGGACACUACCGGUCCCAGGCCGAAGCUUCAGAAACGGAUUAUCGCUGCCAAGGAGCGCGUACAAGACGGUCUUUCAGUUCCUCUGAAGCUGCACUGGCUCCGCGACUACGCGAUGAUCCAAGCAGGCGCAAGCCUGGAGCUCGCCCUCCAAUACGCCUGGUUCGCCGUGCCCAUGACCAUCAUAUAUGUUCGCGAAAUACCUCCUUCGUUCUGUCCUCCCCCUGGUGCAGAGCGCGUUCUCAUCCAGAAUUGUGUGAGGAACGCAGGCUUCCUCGGUGCUUUGUUUGGAAUCUCGUUAUUGCCGGCUAUCCAUUCGCUUCUUGUCCUCGACAUCGAAGGCCGGGCCAAGCAGUACCGCAAAGAACUGAAGUCAGCUUUUGCUGUUCGGUAUUGGGAUCGAUACAUAGCCACCGGCGCGGCGCUGGGCGGUUCUCUCCUUCCCCUGCUGGCCGUCAAAGGCGCUCCGAAAGAAUACCUUGUGGACUUCAUGUCGAACGGCAAGUUCGUUUACUCCUUCCGCAAUAUGGGUAUACUGGGCGUCGGAGGUUUGGUCGUCGGCGCCGGCCUUGGCUCUCAUAUAUCCAUGGUCGCAAACUUGAAGUCUACGUGAUCGUCGUCCACCGUGCACGCACAUCCUUGUCGCCGUUUGUAAUCUCCACUCAUUGUAAAUGGUCUGUCGCUACUCUUCAAUAUCGUUUCAUUCAGUGGGCUUUUCCGCGUCUGUAAAAUCCUGAACGAAUAGAUAUCGGCGUACACAACGCCACCACAUACAACGUGAGUACACUAAAUAAUGAGAGUAAGGUGCCGGGCAUGAGCAUACAC